UUUACUCGGUGUUUUUACGAUGCCGGUAAUUUGUCUCGGUCCUGUUUGUAUUCCCCUGUGGCCACUUCUGGCUUUGGUUCUGAAGCCAGUGUGGAAUCUCCUCCCGGAAAGCGUUCGCGACCCUAUCGCGAAUGCAUGGUACACAAUGUGGGAGCAUUGUACGUUUAUUCCCGAGAGGUUCAGACCUAGAAGGCCCGUCCAUCGUCGCGGCAAGGCUCACUGCGAGAAUGGUGUUUGUACGUGGACUCGUGGUGAUGAUAAUGUUAAGACCGAGGAUGACUCAACGUCCACGACCAAGUCUACUGCAGAUAUUCCCCAAGCAAAAGAAGAUGGUGAGGUGAUCGAGCUCCAGGAUCCCGAAGAGUUCGACAAGCUGGUCGUGUCUAAGAAGUUGUUCAUCGUUGAUUACAGUGCUGAGUGGUGUCACCCCUGCCAGCUGAUCGCACCAGUAUUUGCCGAGCUCGCUCAGCAGUACAAGGACAAGGCAACCUUCGUCCGAGUUGACGUUGAUGCAUUGGACGACUUGGCCCUCGAUAAUGGUGUGACAAGUCUUCCCGCCUUCCAUAUCUACCAAGGCAACGAGAAGCUUGAGACCCUAGUUGGAGCCAACCCUGAGAAACUCAGAGCUACCGUUGCUAAAAGAUGCGGUGGCAACUGAUAAGCUCGCGUGUAAAUAUUGUAGUUCCUGUUGCUUUU